AUGCCUGUUGAUGCUUUCAGAAUCGCUGAAGAGUACCGAGUAGGAAUAACGUGGUGUGAUAACGGCAAGGAUAAAUUGGAUGGGAUCAUCUUAACCAAUGGAAUGAUCGAGGAUCGCUGUGCCAAGCUGGCUUACGAUCUUCAGCGCGACUAUGGUAACAACCGCAUUCACUUGUUGUGCGUUUUGAAGGGUGCUCAAGUUUUCUUUGCCGCUUUGUCCCAUCAAAUGCAGAACUUGGGAAUGGCUUUUUCGUAUGAUUUUAUCAAAGUAAAGAGCUACAGUGGGUCGAGCUCGACUGGAGAGGUGAAAGUGGAAGGACUGAACCUGGAGGGACUGAAAGACCACCACGUCGUCAUCGUGGAGGACAUCAUCGAUACUGGAAAUACGAUGAAGGUCUUGAUCCCUAUGAUCGAGAGCUAUGGAGCGAAAUCCGUCGCUACCUGCGUUCUCUGCGAGAAGGAUACCCCGCUGAGCUGCGGGUACAAGAGCAAUUACUGCGGGUUCAUUGUGCCGAACAUGUUCAUUGUGGGAAAUGGAUUCGAUUUCGACGAGGUCAUGCGCGAAAUGCCUCACGUGGGCUGCAUCAGCCAGUAUGGAAUUAAGUAUUACACAGAACACAAGCUCUUUUGA